CUGUAUGUUCUUUCCAUCUCUCUAAAACCUCACCUUCUCUCUUACCAGUGCGUGAAAACACCUAUUCAUCGAACAACAUGCCGGAGAAGAAACAACCCUCGCCGCGCGGAUAGUAUACUAACUCUCUUCCAUUCGAGCUUCUUCGAAUCUUUCACAAUUGCGGAGAUUAUCCACAUUCCUUAACACAACAACCGAAACCCACCUCAAAAACCCAAUUGAUUUCUCAGCUCCCAUCAAUCACAAGAAAACCCCAAUUUUACUACCUCACAGAACGAUGCCUCCAGCCAAAGGUCAAGACUUGGAUUUCAUAAACAUAGCCCACAGCCAUUUGAUUCAUUCCGAAUGGGAUAAACUCAACAAAUUAGCCUCCGGUUUCACCCCAUUUCGAAUCAAGCACAUUUUGCUGAAAACCCGACAAGAUUACGUUCUCUCUCUUCAACUCUUCAACUGGGUCGACCUAACCAAUUCCCAACUCAACACCCUCGAUGUGGUUUCCAUAAUCCUCCACAUUUUGACCAAGAAUCGCAAGUUUAAAUCCGCCGAAUCGAUUCUCAGGAGAACAAUCGAGACGCGUGGUGGUGGUGUAUCGGAUUUGGAUUUUACGCGAAGGGUUUUCGAGGCCUUGGUAUAUUCUUACAGGAUGUGUGAAUCUUCCCCACGUGCUUUCGAUUCCUUGUUUAAAACCCACGCGCACAUGAACAAGUUUCGGAAUGCUUCCGAUUCUUUCUGUUGGAUGAAGGAGUACGGAUUUUAUCCAAAUAUCGAGUCGUGUAAUGCAUACUUGAGCGCGUUGAACGGUAUGAACCGUGGCGACAUUGUCCUGGCAUUUUACAAGGAGAUGCGCCGGUGUAAAAUUUCGCCGAAUGUCUACACCGUAAAUAUGGUUAUUCGGGCUUACUGUAAAGUGGGGAAAUUGGAAACGGCGGUUGAGGUUUUUAAGGAAAUGGAAGGAUUAGGGUUAGUUCGUAAUGUGGUUUCUUACAAUACUAUGAUAGCGGGUUACUGUAGUAAAGGACUCUCGAGCAGUGGUUUGAAGCUCAAGUAUACUAUGGAGAAGAACGGGGUUCGACCGAACGAAGUGACGUACAACACACUUAUGAAUGCUUUGUGCAAGGAGGGGAAAUUGCACGAAGCGAAUAAGCUUUUCAAAGAAAUGAGAAGUGUGAAUGUGGGUCCCACUACUGUGACUUACAACACGUUGAUAAGUGGUUACAGUGAAACUGGGAAUAGCGAGAUGGGGAUUCGGCUAUUUGAGGAGAUGUCGGCGAGUGGUGUAAAGGCCGAUAUUUUGACUUAUAAUGCUGUGAUCAUGGGUUUGUGCAAGGAGGGUAAAACGAAGAAAGCUGCGUAUAUGGUUAAAGAACUCGAUAAGGAGAAGCUGGUGCCGAAUUCGUCGACAUUUGCUGCUCUUAUUACAGGGCAGUGUGUGAGAGAAAAUGCUGACCGUGCUUUUCAAAUAUACAAAAGCAUGGUGCGGAGUGGGUGUGGGCCCAAUGGAGCAACGUUUAAGAUGAUAAUAUCUGCGUUUCUUAAGAAUGGCGAUUAUGAAGGAGCGUUACAGAUGUUGAGAGAGAUGAUGGGGAGAGCUAUUGCUCCUGAUUCGGAUACGUUAUCUUCUCUUUUUGACGGACUUCAAAAAAGUGGGAAAGGAGAUUUGACCGUGGAUUUGUGGAGCGAGAUAGAAUCGCAACGGCUUAUGCCUGAAGGUUUUGUGAAAACCACGAUCGGUUCUUGACUUGUCGGAAAAAAGGAACUAUCAUUAUGCAGUGAAUCGGAUGUUUUAUGAUUACAUUGAAUUAGCAAGAAUUGCUACUUCUUACCUUGCACUCGCUGAAGUUUAGUUCAGCGGAAGUGAUCGUUUGCCUGAAAGCAGCAGAGUAUAUAUGAAAGAUUGUUGGGGGCUUUCUGGAAUUUGUUAAAUGACGAUCCAAUCGUUGCCGGAUUUAGUAUGCUACCAAAAGAUCGAUCAUCUAAUUUUAUGACCAGCGAAAAAUUCGUAGUUCUGAAGCUCGAAUAAAUGGAAAAUAUAAAAAUAUAUACUCAACAACACGCAAAAGUGAUACAGUAAUGUUUGAUCGUCCAACUCUAUGUAAGUUGUUAGCAACAAGCUUGAUGUAUAUCAAUAUAUUCAUUCAUUGAGAGUACUAUUAUUUAGUCCUUGUCAUCAAAAGAUUCUUUUUAAAUAAGACUAUUUUUUUUAUUCCU